UGUAACGCAGCUUUGUUCUGUGUUGCACUGAACGCUAGCUACAUUAGACUACAGUUCUACAGAGUUUUUCGUUCAACUACUGUUUGUGGUCUUCAUUGAGUUUUUCCACUUUACAAACCUGAUGGUCACCCUGUGCAACGGGAAUAUGGACCUGUCUGAAGGCACGGAUGCAGACAAUGCAGAUCUAUUGCAGCCUUUGUCUCUUGAGCAGUACCAUGUCUCAGACGAGUUUGGAUUUGUGCUGCCGGAACCUCUGGAAGAUCUGCCACCAUACUAUCAACCAUGGAUGGAAAUAGCCAGGGAAGUGCCAGAGCUCAUCGCUUCCCAUUCACUACGCGCUUGCAUUCAGCAGAUGCCCCUCCUGGAGACGGAGCUACUGCAAGGCCACCGGGAGCUGCGAUUGGCUCAUCUGGCUCUAAGUGUCAUGACGAUGGGCUACGUGUGGCAGGAGGGCGAGAAUGAGACAGUGAGGGUGCUGCCACACACCCUGGCUGUGCCUUACUGGUCUGUAUCACAGAAACUAGGGCUGCCUCCCAUCCUGACACACGCUGAUGCAGUGCUCGCCAACUGGAAGAAGACGGAUCCACAGGGAGAGUUCAAUAUGGAGAACCUGGAGCUGCUUUUUACUCUCCCUGGUGGAAAAAGUGUGCACGGGUUCUUCAUGGUCACGCUGCUAGUGGAGCUGGCUGCAGUUCCUGGAUUGAGGGCAAUUCCUCAAGUUAUCAAUGGAAUCCAUCAAGAUGAUGUUGCUACAGUAACAAGGGCUUUGGAAUCCAUUAGUUUGGCCAUAGAUGACAUGAAGGAGGCUCUCAAAUUGAUGCAUGUUUACGUGGAACCCUCAGUUUUCUAUGGCAUAAUGAGGAUAUACCUCUCAGGGUGGAAAGAUAACCCGUCGAUGCCAGACGGGCUGGUGUACGAGAGCGUGCAGGUGGAGCCCAUGGAGUACUCGGGAGGCAGCGCUGCCCAGAGCAGUCUGCUGCACUGUCUGGACGAGCUGCUCGGGGUCAAGCACGAGACCAGCAGCGGUGCCUUUCUGAAACGCAUGAGGUCCCACUACAUGCCCCCAGCCCACGCGCGCUUCAUCCAGGACAUCUCCCUGUCCCGGCCCUCCCUGCGGGACUUUGUGCUGGAGCGGGCCACGGAGCCUCUGACCGCUGCUUACGAGCACUGCGUGGCCCGGCUUGUGGCGCUAAGGAGCUACCACAUCAACGUGGUGUCACGUUUCAUCACUGUACCCGCUGCCCGUGCCAAGGAGCUGCGUUUGCGGGGGGACGGUUCUGAGCAGGAGCACCGCACCAUCACCCAGGCGCCCGCCGCCCUGGAGGAAAGGGGCACGGGCGGCUCGGGCAUUAUGAGCUUCCUCAAGACCAUCCGGGACCAGACGCGGGCCAGCUCUACCAGCUAGAGGUGGCACAGCAUAGCCACACGGCAGCUGGAGCCACACAGAAGACCGCAGUGGAGGACAGCAAGCAAGCCUCUAAGCUGUGUCUGUGAUCUGGAAUCAGUGGUCCAUAGUCAGGCAUGACAUACUAGCCUGAUGCUAACAACAAGAUUCCAUACGGCAUACUGCAUUUUGUGCCUCGUCG